UUAUUCGUGCAGUGCCAGUGGUAAUGGUAGAGUCUCAGCUGAGCUGAGGCGAGCAUCUGAUUCUGAUUCUGAGCAAGCUCAACACUGCACCGCGCUCCCUUGUUAGUAAUUUAGCGGAUGAUGAGUACACCGUGUAGUUGUUUCUGUAGUUCGCUAUAUAAAAGACUGUACUAAGUCUGUAGACCCAAUUCUGAAUGUUCUGUGCGCUUUGCUAACAAAGAACUGUAUUUAGCUACCAGUCGUCCAGUGCUCCACUUGAUGAGAGAGCAGAAACAGAAACUGUAGCUUUGUUUGAUCUGUUGAUGGCAAUUGCUAGUUAGAAACUGAUUGUCACUACACGUAACGUUGUAUCAUUCUGCUUGUGUUGUAAAGAACUGGGCUGCACAUGCACAGUUUGUGCAACUGGACUGGACACGUGCGUUUCGUCCGAAUCGCGAUCGGUAGUGCCUAGCUAGCCAGCCUGUGUGCUUCUACUUCUAGGAGCGGACGCUGAUCAAUCGCUCUUCGCCUGGAGCGGUACUCUACAAGAACAAUACUACACAACUGCUGUCGUUGCCGGUGGCAGUGGAGCGUAGCCAGAGCACUAGUGGCUAACACGCUGGGCAGGCAGAUCAAGUUCAGCACACACACCAGCAGCACCACCAGCAGCAGCACCGCAGCUGCAGUGUGUACAGCCAACGACGAAACCCUUGCUCCGUGUAACCAUGGCGAUGGCUGUGGUGAGACCGGUCGCUCGGCACAUCAGUCGACGCGCCCGCAAGACCACGACGCCAUCGGGUGCUGCCCCCGUGCGCACUUUGGUCACGGCCAGCACUGCCCUUAAACAGGUCGAGGCGCCGUUCAACAAGACCUUCUCGCCUGUCGGUCAAAUGAAACACGUCGUUCGUAGCGUCUACCCGUCAGUUGACAUCCAGCGCCAAAGUGUUCCCAUGCAUCAGUUGAUCUUCGACAACCUGACGGACGAGGACGCCAAACGAACAGCCAUCGUGGAUGCCAUAACAGGUCAGACGUUCACGUACGGCCAGCUGUACGAGAGAAUCCGCAAGUUUGGCUCGUCGCUAGUCGUGGACGUUGGCUUGCGGAGAGAUGACGUCGUCGCCGUGUACAUGCCAAACCUUCCCGACUACGCCACGGCAUUCCUGGGCACCAUGGCAGCAGGUGGUGUGGUCACGUCCGUAAACUCACUCUACACGCCGCCGGAGAUAGCACGUCAGCUGGCAGACGCCAGUGUCAAAGUGUUGGUGACGUGUGCACCGUUCUUGGAGAACGCCACACAGGCCGCCAAGCAACACGGCCUCCAGUCUGUCAUCGCCGUCGGCGUGACAACCGAGCAAGAACUCAACGGCGUUCGCGUCGUUCCCUUCUCGCAGCAUCUGGACAACAAUGGCAACUCCUUGCCGGACUUUACGUACGCAAUACAGAAAGAUAUCGCGGUGUUACCGUAUAGCUCCGGGACGACCGGCUUGCCCAAGGGAGUCCAGCUGACUCAUCACAACAUCAUCGCUAACGUUCUCCAGAUCAGCGCAUCGCCAGAACUGGUGGACCUGUGCCGCUGCGAGAACGAAUCCAUCCUGUGCGUGCUACCGUUCUUCCACAUCUACGGAAUGGUUGUACUCCUACUGGCCGGCCUCUACCAACGUACUCGGCUGGUUACCAUGCCGAAAUUUGAACCCGAGCGUUACCUAUCAACCAUCCAGAAGGAGAAGAUCACGCAGUUGUUCGUGGCACCUCCGCUGGCCGUGUUCCUGGCCAAGCAUCCGAUGGUGUCGCAGUACGACCUGCGGAGUGUUUACUCUGUCCUGAGUGGAGCAGCGCCGCUCGGGGGUGAGAUAAGCGCCGAGGUGUCGCGUCGUAUCAACGACUGCAAGGUCCUGCAGGGCUAUGGUCUAUCGGAGACGAGCCCCGUUCUCCACGUAUCUCCAUUCAGCUCUCCACGACACGGCUCUGUAGGACUGGCUGUUCCCAACACCGAAGUGGUGAUCGUCGACAGCCGGGACCCGGACCAUCCGAAUAUUGUGGGCAAGGGCAUCACUGGGGAGAUCUGCGUGCGCGGACCGCAGGUGAUGGCUGGGUAUUUGAACCAACCUAAAGCCACCGCGGCCACUAUAGACCGGGACGGAUGGUUGCACACCGGAGACAUUGGUUACCAUGACAGCGAUGGCUACUUGUUCGUCACCGACCGACUCAAGGAGCUCAUCAAGAGAAAAGGUUAUCAAGUGGCACCAGCUGAGUUGGAGCGCGAGUUGCUGAGCCAUCCACUCAUCGAUGACGCCGCUGUCAUCGGUGUUCCAGACGAUCGAGAAGGAGAAUUGCCGCGUGCGUUCAUUGUCAGAAGGUCUGGCACGGAAGUGAGCGAGAAAGACGUCAUGUCCUUCAUGGAAAGCCAGGUCGCGGCAUACAAGCAACUGGACGGCGGUAUCGUGUUCACCGAUGUCAUUCCCAAGUCAGCCAGCGGCAAGAUCCUGCGUCGUGAGCUGAGGGCUACUAGCAUCUAAUUGCACUGUCUGCAGUGAUGACAUCAUCCACUGCACAGCACUGCAGUGAUGACAUCAUCCACUGCACAGCACUGCAGUGAUGACAUCAUCCACUGCACAGCCCUGCAGUGAUGACAUCAUCCACUGCACAGCACUGCAGAGUACACGGUCACAUGUGCGUGUGUCAGUGCUUUCUGCAGCAUAUGAUAAUGAGAGAGAGAGAGAGAGUGUGUGUGUGUGGGGGGGGGGGAGUGAGAGAGAGAGAGAGAGAGAGAGAGAGAGAGAGAGAGAGAGAGAGAGAGAGAGAGAGAGAGAGAGAGAGAGUGUGUGUGAGCGAGUGAGUGAGUGAGAGAGUGAGAGAGAAAGAGAAAGAUACAUUAUACAUUAUAUCUGAUAGCUGUGAUGAGUGUGGACUGAGGCUUUAGUUCCACUGCCUGCUCUCUUGCAUAUUAGCUUCGUGCAUGCGUAGGUCUGCCAGAGAGCCUGGGCCACACAUUGCGAUGGCUGGGACUUGUGGGCAUGUUGACUACCUCUUGUGCUUGCGUGCACGUGUGUGUGUGUGUGUGUGUGUGCGUGUGUAUACAUAUACUUAUGUGUUUCAGUUUUUCUUUCAGCUAUAUUUAUGCAUUGAGAUAUUCCGCUGCAGUGAGAGAGAGAGAGAGAGAGAGAGAGAGACAGAGAGAGAGAGAGAGAGAGAGAGAGACAGAGAGAGACAGAGAGACAGAGAGAGAGACGGAGAGAGACAGAGACAGACAGAGAGACAGAGCGACAGACAGAGAGACAGAGAAACAGAGGAAGAGAGAUAUUUUAUAAUCAUUAUAGCUACUUCAGUAUGAUGAUUGUGGACUGAGACUGAGUCCUAAUUUUAAUCUUCCCUCUGAUUUGGCUUUCUCCAUUUGGCCUGCUGCUGCUGCUCCGUAAUUUGCUUUUGCGUGUGCACGUGUUUUGGACACACGCCUACUGUACUUGCGUAGGGUACUAGUAUGUGUUGGUAGCAUGCAACUGUUGACUGUAGCUAGCUCUGGUGCUGUCCCAUCGCUGGUGCUCCACUGCCUGCACAUACUAGUGCUUUUUGCUCACAAUAAUUAGAAUGUAGAUCACAGGUUAUUUUCUAUGCUUUCUCUAUUCUCGAGCACCUUUCUUCUUCCUUUGAUUUCCUUUGUGGCCGUUUGUGAGGCCAGCAUUUUGUUUGUGCUGACUCUGUGAAGGCCUAUUCUCUUGAUGUGGAUAUUUUCAAACGUCCGGUCCUUUAAUAUAUGCCGGACAGGAUGAAUGCUGAAUUGGCACAAAACAACCAGUGUGUCUGCGUUUAUUCUAUAACACACAGCCAGUGUGUCUGCGCUUAUUCUAUAACACACAGCCAGUGUGUCUGCGCUUAUUCUAUAACAAACAGACAUUACGGUUAUCGUGUUUGUCAUGCA